UGAGGUAAAGUCAACGACACCAUCACUACUUCUACUAUUCUGUGACCAUGACCAAGACAGAAGUAGGAAUGAAAAGUGAUGGCUGAAUUUGUCUUUUUAUUCUGAAUACUUCUAAAUUAUUUAUUAGUGCAUUCUUUAUUAUCUUUCCGAUAUGGCUUUCAAUUUUCCCGCAUUUUCGUAUAUUAUAGCUUUGAUUAUUGAUGCUUUUCUUAUCUUCUUUGCAAUUUUUCAUGUAAUUGGAUUUGAUGAAUUAAGAACAGACUACAAGAAUCCUAUCGAUCAGUGUAACAGUCUCAACCCGCUUGUUCUACCAGAAUACCUUUUGCACAUUCUUUUCAACAUCCUUUUCAUAUUUUCUGGGCAAUGGUUCACUUUGUGUUUGAACUUGCCCUUGAUUGCCUAUCACAUUAACAGAUAUAGAACUAGACCAGUUAUGUCAGGAUUUGGUCUCUACGAUCCUACCAGCAUUAUGAAUGCAGAUGUCUUGACUAAAUGCCAAAGAGAGGGUUGGAUAAAACUUGCAUUCUACCUUCUUUCCUUCUUUUAUUAUCUUUAUGGGAUGAUUCAUGCUCUCAUUACCACAUAAAAUGGGUUGCGAUAUAAUUGGUUCGAAAUUAUAAUCAACGAGUGUCGAUGAAUAUUUAAUCGGAUGAACGGAGAAACCACAUUGGAGUGUUCUUAGUUUUUUCUAGAUUCGCUUCAAUCAAUUCCUAGCAAGUGCUUUGCAAUUUUGCAAAUUUUCCAAGUUUCUGAUUGCUUAAAGUGGUAACUGUAAGUUUGGAUAUUGUAUCAUUUUAAACAAACUUUGGUUGUAGGUUUUAAUUUAUUAUGAAACGGAUCUUCUUUCGGCUCGGACAACUAGUGGGUUCAUGUGCAUGCUGAACAAACUAAGAGUUAAUCGGUAUUUUUUAAUUUGUAAAUUUGUACAAAAUCGUCUCAAGUUUCUAGAUAUUGUAUUACUUACUCAUAAAGUCGUUUGUUUCUAGUAAAACAAUCAUUCUAGCUGGUUACUCAUUUACCUAAUUAAGAACAAACAUUUGUAACGUG